UUAGAUCUCACUCACUUUGUGUCGAGGACUCAUCACGGGAAGAUCAGAAAAAACAUCAAUUAGAAUCAUUAUGAAGAACUUUUUGGUGAUUCUUGGAGUUGCAUGCGUUGCACUCGUUGGGGCUGAUGUUGUGCAGUUCCAGCCCUGCUCAUACCGUGAACCCACUCAGACCAACUGUACAGUCCACGAACUGCGUAUAAACCCGUGUGCAGAAGCUGCAGAGGGUAAGCCAUGCCGAGUGAAGCGAGGAACUGAUGCCAGUAUUGAAUUCGAUUACACAACGAACUUCGCGGCUGACACGCUGCAGGGACGAGCUUACUGGGCCAAUAAGUUGAUGGAUGUGCCCUUCCUGGGAAUGGAAACUAACGCCUGUCUGUCCACCCCUUGCCCCCUUAAAGCUGAUACCAAACAGACUUAUAAAAUGGCUCUGCAUGUAGAUACGAAGUACCCAGCUAGGAGUUUCGACGUCAAAUGGAAACUGUGGAAUCAGCAGGAGCAGGAGUGCUGCAUCGUCUUCCAGAUUAAACUGACCAAAUAAACAGAAUAUUUUUUGCAAUUUUUGUGAAUGCAUUUCAUAUCCGUUCCAUUGUGAACACUCGAAUUAAUCGAAUUGAUUAAUAAACAAGUUGCAAAUUUCUUUUAUAUUAA